AUGGACGAGAAACAGCCUUCUCAAAGAGUCAUGUCGCCAAUCCAGGCUCGCCGCAGUCGCCCUACCAUGACACUGAUCGUCAUGGCUAUUGUGACAUACACCUUUUGGAUAUGGCAACCCUUCAGGCCUCUCAUAGACGAUGAGUCUUGGGUUCACAUCACAAACGACGAUAUUCAAACUACCGAUGGCCUCGUACCUUUGGAAGCACACAUCAUGAGCAAAUGCCCCGAUGCAAAGGAUGCUCUCGAAUUAUUGGUAUUGCCUGUCAUGCAGCGCGUUCAUGACAAGGUCAACUUUACUCUAUCUUACAUCGGCCGGUAUAUCCAUUCUCAACUCCCUCCCUCGUGUCUCAACUAA